AUGCUGGCGGUUGGCGUCUUAUCGAGCGUGAACGUGGCGUCGUUGACUCAGUCUGAAAUCCGUGACAUAAUUCUUGGAAUGGAGAUCAGCGCUCCUUCGCAGCAGAGACAACAGAUUGCGGAAAUUGAGAAGCAGACGAAGGAGCAGAGCCAGCUGACAGCCACGACGACGCGUACCGUCAACAAGCACGGCGACGAAAUCAUCACUACCACCUUGUCGAAUUACGAAACCCAAGCUUUCAGUUCGAAGACAGAGUGGCGUGUGAGAGCCAUUUCUGCGACCAAUCUUCAUCUCCGCACGAACCACAUCUACGUCGCCUCGGAUGACAUCAAAGAAGCUGGAUACACUUACAUUUUACCAAAGAACGUGUUGAAGAAGUUCAUUGUGAUUUCCGAUUUGCGUGCGCAGAUCUCUGGGUACAUUUACGGCUCGAGCCCCGCGGACAAUCCUCAAGUGAAGGAGAUCCGCUGCGUAGUGAUGCCGCCGCAGUGGGGCACUCAUCAGAGCGUGAACUUGCCCCACACUCUGCCGAACCACGAGUACCUCAAGGACUUGGAGCCCCUGGGCUGGAUGCACACGCAGCCGAAUGAGCUGCCGCAAUUGUCGCCGCACGACAUCACGACUCACGCGCGGAUCAUGUCGGAUAAUCCAGCCUGGGACGGCGAGAAGACCAUCGUCAUCACUUGCAGCUUC